AUGUCUGAGUUCGGGCAAGUAUUCCCCCCCCCACUCUCUCUCUCUCUCGCCCUGCUUGUGUCAGCAGAGAAACUACAACCAACCACUUCUAGCACACAUGGAAACCUGGAUAAUUUGACACCUGACAUUGUUGCUCACCAUUGUAUGAAUCCCUGUGGUGAUCCAAACCAGGUACCAUCCAACAACAACCUUCCAUUUGUUGCACAAAUGUCUGGUCCUGCAGCUAAUGCAAUGCAGAUGCAGCAACCAGACCUCACCUAUGAACAUCGACAAGCCCUGCUCCCUGCUUACCGUCCUAGUCCAGAUUACAAUGAAGUGAUGCGUAAUCGAAUGGAUCAUUCAAUUCAGAUGAAUGCGACACAAACUUCACUUCAGCAAUCAGUAUACUCUGUUCCAGCUACAACAGUUCUUGUCCCCCACCAUAUGAUUGCCAACUUGGAUAAUUAUACUGCUGAAACGCCACAAUAUGCUAAUGUUGUGCAUCAACAGGAUACCAGUAAUAUGCAGUGUCAUCAGAAUGCCUGGUAUACUAAUCUAGUAUUACAGCCUACUCACAGCUCUCCUGAACUUAAUACUACUAUCCAGGGAAUGCCUGGGCCAGAUUCCAGGUCUGAAGAUUACAUGCAAGAUAAUGUCUUUUGUAAACCACCGCCUCCUUAUCCAAGAGUCAGCAGCAGCACCCCAGAUCUUGCUGCUCAGACCAAUCAGCUUAACAUCAAUUACAGCCCAGACCUUGUUUCUCGAAAAAACAUUGGUCAUGUUCCCUUUGCUGUCCAGUCAAAACUUGACAAAAGUAUGGAGAACUUAGCAGCAGCUGUCAAUGAAGUGAACCUUUCAGACCAGGAGAGUCAAUGUAGUUCUGUGUCUAAUAACACAAGUUACAGUCUGAAAGAUUCAGAAAAAGACCUGGAAGACAAUCCUUUUCCAAGUGAAGUUGAAAAGAACAAUGUUGUUGUUCGUUAUGUUGCCCCGGAUGCUGCUCCACCACCUUCGAAAUCAAAGGAAGUUGCUACUCUCAGAGAAAGUUUUCGAAGAAUGAUGAUAGCCCGUUCUAAUCCAGGCUGUCUUGACAGAUUGAAGACGAAAGCAAAAAACCAAACUGCAAAUCACAUCCUAGAAGAUGCUAGCGAUGAAGAGAAUGGUAAUAUAGAAACAAAAACUAACUCUUCUGAUUCUUCCUUUUGUCGAGAACAUAGUUUGACAUCUGGAAGUGAAGCUGAAUCAUCGUCAAAUUCGACAGAGCCUGCUGGUCAGGUGAAGUCAAAUACAACUUCAAGCAGUGUUGCUUUUGAAGAUGAUCACGUUCAGUUUGAUGAAGACCUGGUAGAUGAAGAAGAUGCCUACAUCAUGAAGCGUCGAAGCAUGGGGCCUUUAAAAAUGGCAGCCAUGAAUGGGUUAACUCUGUCUCGCCCUAUCAUAUUGUCUGCAAGUGAAGACGAAUCUCGUGCUCCUAAAGAUGAAAGACGGAGAUUACUUGAGAGCAAACUUGUAGAAGUAAUUUAUUUCUAUUCUGAAAGAAUCAUGUUCAUAUCUAUCUAUCUAUCUAUCUAUCUCAGUUUGUUCCUCUAUCUCAAACUCUUCAUCUAUCUAUGA